AUGAACAUUUGGGAAGUGAUCCUGGCUUUCUUGGUUGUGGUCCUGAUCCUCGUGUCAUUGCUGUCCAACGUGCUGGUGCUGAUCUGCUUCUUGUACAGCGCCGACAUCCGCAAGCAGGUCCCGGGAUUGUUUAUCCUCAACCUGACCUUCUCCAACUUGUUGAUGACGGUCUUGAACAUGCCCCUGACCCUGACUGGGAUCAUUUACAAGAAUCAACCGGGGGGAGAUCAGUUUUGCCACAUGGUGGGAUUCCUGGAGACUUUCUUGACCACCAACUCCAUGCUGAGCAUGGCAGCGCUGAGCAUAGACAGAUGGAUAGCUGUGGUCUUCCCUCUAAGUUAUCAUUCCAAAAUGCGUUACAAAGAUGCUGCUCUGAUACUCAGCUACACGUGGCUACACGCUGUGUCCUUCCCUAUAGUGGCAGCUUCUCUCUCCUGGGUGGGUUUCCAUCACCUUUAUGCCUCCUGCACCCUGUACAACAACAGAUCAGAGGAGAGGACACAGUUUGUGAUUUUCACGGGGGUCUUUCACAUCCUCAGCUUCCUCCUCUCCCUCGUAGUGUUGUGUUUCACCUAUCUAAAAGUGCUGAAGGUGGCACGGUUUCACUGUAAACGGAUUGACGUGAUUACUAUGCAGACACUGGUGCUGCUGGUGGACAUCCAUCCCAGUGUACGAGAGCGUUGUCUAGAAGAACAAAAGAGACGGCGGCAACGAGCAACAAAGAAAAUCAGUACCUUUAUUGGUACUUUUAUACUUUGUUUUGCACCUUAUGUAAUUACAAGACUGGUAGAAUUAUCAUCCGUAGUCCCCAUCAAUUCUCACUGGGGAGUCAUUUCCAAGUGCUUGGCUUACAGCAAAGCUGUUUCAGACCCUUUUGUGUACUCUUUAUUACGACAUCAGUACAAGAAGACGUGGAAGGACAUAAUAAACAAGAUUCUUAAAAGAAGCUCCAUAAAUUCCUCAGCCCUCACAAGCGAAUCGCACAAUCAGAAUAUAUUGCAAACAACUGAAUGA